AAGGUAGGUACCUACCUUAGGAGACCUCUCCAGUUACAUAAUCAGAUUAUUUGGUAACUGCCAAUUACGUAAGGCGCACCUGUCCGUUUCAGUUUAGGUCUGGGACUCCGCAGCUGCCGACAGCUGGAAUCCUCUUCAUCCACACAUCCACAUCAUCAAUCUGACUACCAACUGCCAGCCAGCAGGCGACUCUUUCUUGAUCACCUGGCCCGGCAUGAAAGGCAUCAUUCAAUCCGUUCGUGGCAGACCGAACAAAGUCACUAAGCCAACCGGCACUCCACGCGGCCGGCCUGCUCGUCGAGUCGGCACCGCCGAAGUUCUGGCGAACCAAGACCCUGACCUCGAGCAGCACGACGUCAACCCUGCUGACGACGACGACGACGACAACGAGGACCAGCACGCUGCCUUUGACCCCGAGGCCGCUGCCGUCGCCGCCGCCGCCGCCGCCCACCACCAUCAUCAACAGCAGCAGCACCAUCACCAGCAACAGCUGGACUUGACAGCGGCGACCAUUCUCGCGAGCAGUGUUCAGAACCCCAACGACCAGCACCCGGACCUCGGACCGCCCCACGUCGACGGCGGCGCGGGAGUCCACACUACGACCGAGGAGCUCGCGCAGCAGUCGGGCUACAGCAAUGUCGUGAUCGAGAGCGCUCUGGCGAAGCGGCUGGCGCGCGAGCCCGGCAUGCGCCUCGCGCAGCAGCGCCGCCCCGAGCAGGUCCUGAACCUGGCGAGGCGCAGCAACGUCGAGGCCCUCUUCGCGCAUAUCGCCGGCGAGCUCGCCCCGCAGCCGUGCAAGAACUGCCACAAGGGCCACGGGCCGUGGAACAGCUGCGUCAUUGUCGACGGCCAGAUGUGCGGCAGCUGUGCCAAUUGCUGGUUCAACGCAUCCGGAGCGAGAUGUUCUUUCCAUGAAACGCGCAACCCGCAGGCCCACGGCGGGCAGGUCUUCGGCGGUGAUAACCUCACGUUCCCGCUGCCGCCGGCGCCAGCGACGGCGAUGGCUCCGUUCAACUUCGCGUCGAUCCCCGCGUCCGCCGACCCCGUGGUCCGGUACACGGUUGAGCAGGCGAUGGCGCAGGUCCGCGGCGCCGACAAGAAGACGCGAUACAUGCUCCUGAUCGAGGCCACCGCCCGGCAGCUCGCCUUCCAGAUCUCCCAGUACGAGGACGCCGUUCAGGAGGAGCAGAACCAGCACGGUGGCCCGUCGGGCCCCCCUCCGCCCGUGAUGAGCGACCAGGACGCCCCCUAGUCGGGAGGCGAGGUGUCUGCUCAAUGGGGGAAAUUCCAGCCAAGCCAACAAGACCAGGGACGCUAGGCAGAGGCAGGGGUGAGAGGACGUACCCGGCUCGCUCUCCUUCGACUUCUUGGGGGGAUCUCUCCUUUCUUUUUUCCCUCCUAGGAGUACCUCGCCGUUCUCGGCUUUGGCACGUCGCUUAUAUUCACCCCCAUAGUUCUUGACUUUCAAGAAGCAGUCGGCGCGCGUAUAUCUCAGGGGGCCCACGGAGUUCAGGCUCGAGUUCGGUUUCGCUCAGUAAAGAAUCUCUCUAUCUCAAAAGAUAUAGGGAAGGCCGGAGGGAGAGGGGGGUUAACGACGAGGUUCUUGAGGGGCCAACAGUUGGUUGUGUUUUAUGAGAUCACGGGUAAAGAUUGUGCAGUAAUCGAUAUAC